AUGGCGUUAAGUAAACCAAUAAUCAAUAUGACUGCUGAUUUGUUGAGAAUUAUUGUCAGGCAGUGUGAAUAUCCCGCCAUACAAAUUCUUCGCAAAACCAGUGCCACAGUCCGUGAUUUGAUCGAUCGCCGCCUUCCGAACGGUUCCGUCUACGCAGUUUCCAUUAAAAGUUGUACGAAUUCUAUUUUCAUUGAAAUCAAGUCUGGAAAUCCAAGUUCCCCAUCUUCUGGUCAACUUUAUCCGCGAGGAAAUCGAAUUAAAAUAGAAUAUCAGUUUCAUAAAAAAGGAUGUAUGGUAAUUUUGGAAAGAAGAGGAGGACGAAAAUCACAACGAUUUGUGAAGGAUGAAUCGUUUGUGACCGUAUUCUGGAAGGAUUUCGAGUCUUUGUUGGAUAUAAACAAUGGGAAAGUUCUGGAAGAUUUCAAGGUCAAUUUUGAAAUGAUCGAAUGGGGAAAGACGCCAAAAAAGAAUUACUUCAAAUUCAUUGCUCAGCUUGAAGAAGUCAUCAAGAAACGUGGUUAUUUAAGGACCAGGAAUAUAUCAAUGAGGAUCUUCAUGGUGCAUGAAUGCCGUUCAAUUCUCGCUCUAAUGGAUCCAAGGACAUCCAAGUUGAUUGAAUACUCAAGAAUGUUCGAUUCGUUCGUUGUGGAGGAGCUGGAGCAGUGGAAAAACGCAAGAAUGAUUCAAUCUGAGAAUUUUGAAUUUUUUUGGGAAAGAGGUCUUUUUCAUUUCGAAAAGGUCAAAGUACGUAUGGAUUACGUUUCUGGUCAUAAUGUUGAUGGAAUUGUUCAGUCAAAUCUCUCUGAAAAUAUAGUUGAAGUGUUUUUCUCGCCAAAUUCAUUCCAAGUUAAGCUAGUAAAGAACUCGGAUGUACCACCAGGAUUAAUUAAAGAUUGGAUUCCACGGGACCAACGAGAAGAGAUUAUUGAUGAUUUCGAUGACAGUGAUACCGAAUCGGAUGAUGAUUCUGAUUCCGAUGAUGAUGACGAUGAUGAGCAUUUGUAA